AUGCCGAGGAUCCUAAUAUUAGGCGCCACUGGCUACAUAGGCAGACGGGUUGCUAGUCGACUUAUCGAAAGUGUAAGAACCCAAGAGAAAGCACUUCAGCUUCAGAAAGAAGAGAUCAUACCAGUGCUGUGCGCCGAUCCUGUCAGCAAUCCAGAGCCUUAUCUUGCAACGGUGCGAUCGAGCUCCAUAGACAUUGUGAUUGAUGUAUCUGGAGCCAAUAAGCAAUCGCAUGCAUUUCUAAAUGAUUUGAAGCGACUUGGUCAGGAACGCAUCGAGUCAUAUCGCAAGAGAGGGAUUGCGAAUGGACCGAAGUUGGGUUUCAUUUACUGCUCCGGAACUUGGGUUCACGGCUCCUCCAAUAGGCCCGUUACAGACUUAGAUUUAGUUGGUCCUGACUCAAUGACUGCCCCUCAAGAGCUCGUUGCUUGGCGAGUCAAGCUUGAGGAUGAGGUCAUUGCUUCAAAUGACAUACUAGAUGCCAUGGUACUUAGGCCGGCCUUAAUAUAUGGGCGCGAAUCAACAAUAUGGUCUCCAUUCUUUACGCCUGUCCUCGAAGCAGCAAGGAACAAGAUCGAAAGCCCUAUUGAAAUCCCUCUCGAAGCUCAGUCCAAACCUGGAUUGGUUCACAUUGACGAUGUUGCGACAGCAUUCCAAAACGCCGUUGAGAAACUACCGAUAAUAGCUGGGGCAAAUGUAUAUCCAGUCUUUGAUCUUGUGACGAGUCAGGAAAGUAUGCGUGAAGUUUUUGAUGCAGUGGGUGCAUGUUUUGGCUAUGCCGGAGUCAUCCAACUGAAGGGUCAUGGAGAUGACCUUUUUGCGAAAGCUAUGAGCACUACCUUUCGUGGUACAUCAGCACGCGCAGAAUUGCUCCUUGGAUGGCGACCAAGACGACGAGGUGGUUUUGUCAAGGACAUGGAUAUUUACUGCAUGGCAUUUGCAGCAGGUAUAUAG